GGCUUUUUCUCCACCAUCUUUUCCAGUUUGUUUGGAACUCGAGAGAUGAGGAUUCUCAUCCUGGGACUGGACGGAGCAGGAAAAACAACCAUUCUCUACAGGUUACAAGUUGGAGAAGUUGUUACCACCAUUCCGACCAUUGGCUUCAAUGUUGAGACAGUGACGUACAAGAACCUGAAAUUUCAAGUUUGGGACUUGGGAGGACAGACAAGCAUAAGGCCAUAUUGGCGGUGUUACUAUUCAAAUACAGAUGCAGUCAUUUAUGUAGUGGACAGCUGUGAUCGAGACAGAAUUGGCACUUCAAAAUCAGAGCUUGUUGCUAUGUUAGAGGAAGAAGAGUUAAAGAAAGCCAUUUUGGUGGUGUUUGCAAAUAAGCAGGACAUGGAACAGGCCAUGACUCCCACAGAAAUGGCAAACGCACUUGGCUUACCGGCUUUGAAGGACCGAAAAUGGCAGAUAUUCAAAACUUCUGCAACUAAAGGCACAGGGCUUGAUGAAGCAAUGGAAUGGUUGGUGGAGGCCUUGAAGAGCAGGCAGUGAUACUGAGCUGACCAUUGCAAAGAAGCUUCAGCUCUAUCCAACAUCCCUCUUUCUGCAGUCAAGAAUUUUCAGGCCACAAAUACUUGUAAAUAGGAUGGAUUUGAGUUCGACUCCUGUAACGUGGGUCCCUCUCUUGAAUUGUAAAACUGAACCAAGUGAAUGUCUGUGUACGUUUCAAUAUUCCAUUUCUUUCUUUCUGUUUAAAGGAUGUACUUACGUUAAUUUGUAUGAAAGUCUUUCUUAGGGGCUGGGAAAGGGUUUUUUUUGUCCAG